AUGGGUCCAUUCGUUAAAGUUGCUGUUGUUCAAUCUGAACCAGUUUGGUGGGAUUUAAAAGGUACUGUUGCCAAAGUUAACAAGUUAAUUAAAGAAGCUUAUGAAUCAGGUGCUGAAUUGAUUGCAUUCCCUGAAGUUUUUGUUCCAGGUUAUCCAGUUUGGAUCUGGUCUAAUCCUGCCGAUUAUUUGAAAAAUGCAAAUUAUAUUGAUAAUUCAUUAUCUUAUGAUUCACCAGAAUUUCAAUCAAUUAUUGAUACUAUUAAAUCAAAUCCAAUUCAUGUUGUCUUGGGUCUUUCUGAAAGGGAUCAUAGUUCAAUUUAUAUUUCUCAAUGUAUUAUUGAUAAUCAUGGUGAUGUGGUUUUGAAAAGACGUAAAAUGAAACCAACUCAUGCAGAACGUGUCUUGUAUGGUGAUGGUAGAUCAAGUGAUUUGAAAUCAGUUGUUACCUUGGACUUCAAAGAAGCUGGUCCUGUGGAAGUUGGUUGUUUAUCAUGUUGGGAACAUCAACAACCAUUAUUAAGAUAUAAUAGUGCCACACAACAUGAAAAAAUUCAUAUUGGAUCAUGGCCAACAGUUAAUGAAAAAUAUUGUGGUGAAAAUAGAUGGUGUUUUAGUAAAGAAGGUUUUUAUUCAUUGGCUAGAUCAUAUUGUCAACAAAUGCAAACUUUUUAUUUAUUUUCUUCACAAUUAACUAGUGAAAAAUUACAAGAAUCUAUUCCAGAUAUUGAUAUGAUUGAUAUUCAUGGUACUGGUAGUCCAGCAUCUGCUGUUUUCCAUCCAGAUGGGUAUUUAGCUUCAGAUACAAGUUUCAAAGAAGAUGGAUUAAUCAUUCAUGAUUUAGAUAUGCACAAAAUUUUGAUUCAAAAACAUUUCAUUGAUAUUGUUGGACAUUAUUCAAGACCUGAUAUGAUGUCUUUAGCUCAUAAUUAUGCUAAUGAAGAUGUUAAAAACUACAUCACAGGCCCAACAAACUAA